AUGUCCGCGGGCUCCGGGAGCGAGACAGAGGAGCUGCCCGAGAUGGACCUGCGGGCGCUGCAGCUGGACUACCCGGCGGCGGGCAAGAGGCAGCCCCGUGGCGAGCUCUACCCCUCUGGGGACAACUCCUCGGCGGCGGAGGAGGAGGAAGAGGAGGAGGAAGAGGAGGAGGAGGAGGAGGACGGCGAGGGCAGCUGCGCGGCGGGGGCGGCGGGCUGCAAGAGGAAGCGGGCGAGGGGCAGCGGUCCCGGGGGCAAGAAGGCGCCGUCGGGGCCGCGGGGGCCGGCGGCAGAGGGGAAGCAGUCGCAGCGCAACGCAGCCAACGCGCGGGAGCGGGCGCGGAUGCGGGUGCUGAGCAAAGCGUUCUCCCGGCUGAAGACCAGCCUGCCCUGGGUGCCGCCCGACACCAAGCUCUCCAAGCUGGACACGCUGCGCCUGGCCUCCAGCUACAUCGCGCACCUCCGGCAGCUGCUGCAAGAGGACCGCUACGAGAACGGCUACGUGCACCCCGUCAACCUGACUUGGCCAUUUGUGGUCUCAGGACGACCCGACGCUGACACCAAAGAUGUCUCUGCCGCCAGCAGAUUAUGUGGAACUACCGCUUAGCCAAAGUAAUUUUUUUCCCUUGUCGAUCUUUUUUUAUGGGCUGGAUCUUUUUAAGAGCUAUGAUUUUAUCGGCUCAAGACCCAGAGAUGGGGACCAACCCCCAUCUCUAUGUGUUAAAUCUGUGUUUCCCCUCAGUUCUUUCCCUUAGAGCUCUGAGGGAAAUCUAUUUAAAGCAGUAAAGGAAGGAGACGCUGGAAAGGAGAGCUGUUAUGAACUGUCUGCAGCCGCUGAAGUCUGAGAUUUGGAAAAGCCCUUCUUGGGCUUUGCCAUUUGUGCCGCUGCCUGAGGACCUGUUGUUCUGAGGCUGUUAAACUAAUGGAAGAGGAACAGAAUGUUAUAGAAUUAACAGCAUGGACCAAAACGCAACUCUACAAACUAACCCCAAACAGUGUUAUUUGUAUUCUAAAGCAAAGCAGUAUUUUAGAGUAGCUUUGAAACUCAGAUUUAUAAUAUAUUUUGAUGGCUUUUGUAUUCACGGGUCGGGUUUACUGCAACUAUGCAAGAAGUGUAACCAUUCUUUGUUUUUGUCCUUUUAACCGGAGUUUUCUUGAAAAUAUGUAAGCAGCUACAUUCUGCAUUUAGGCUACCACCCAAUGGAAUGAAACUAAUUCCUUUGGUUAUGCCUCGAAGUGCCACAUGUAACAAUGUGGGACUGUCCCCAGGAUGUGGCACAAUUUCUACACCUUAAUACGGAAGAGAAAUUCUGCUCACUGAAAGGCCGGGGUGCAUGCGCUGUAAAGAAUGAAUUGUGUGAUGCUGCAAUACAGCAAGGAUUCACAAGGUGUUAAACAUUUCUUCUACACCGCUACGCUUCCCUUUGAUAAGUUGACCCUCAAAUGAGUUCCAGUAAUGUUUCUUCACUAAUCCGAAUGCUGUAAUAAAAGGAGGAUGCCAUCAAAUAAGUUGCAAAUGUAAAUAACUUUAUUUUUUUAUAAAUGACAUUAAAAGCUUGGUUACAGUGACUAACAGUACUGUGACAGUGUGUGGCUGCUUUAAUGUAGGAUAACCUUUGCAGUGCAGAUCCUUGAAAGCCUAUUCUGUAGGUAUACCCUUCUCUUCCUUAUCUCCUGAGAGCAGAUACAUCUCCAACAGCAGACAAGGACACUUUCACCCCAACCUGCUCACAUUAGGUACAGCACUAUGAUAAUCAUCAGAGAAAAACACAAUUUAACACCCUAUGGAAUUUAUUAUCAUAAUCUUUUCUUUGAACCAGGAAAAUAAAUGCAGAUAUGAAAAUUA